UCUUUAAUUUGAAUUGAAUUUAAACGAAGAAAUUGUCAUUUGAUUGAAUGAAUCGUCUUCUUCAUCGUCUACCCGUUAUCUUUGUGUGUGUGUGUCUGUCUUGUUUUUCUCCCCCAUAUUAAUUAGCCGAAAGAAAUAAAUUUCACUACCAGUGUUCCACUCUGCCACCAACAUCCUAAAUCAUUGUUUUUUGGCCCAAAAGAAAAUUGUAAAAUAAAGACAUUUUUUUUAUUGCCAAAAAACUGAUUUUUCUUCUGGUUCAAAGUUCUGUUUAGUUGAUUUUUGAUCUAAUUUUUCUAAUCAUCCACUAUAUACACACCAUCGACCAUCUGGACAAUCUUUAAUCUCUUUUCUUUCUCUCUCCAUCACUGCAUUUCUGUCGGUUAUUCCCCAAAUGAAUUCAAAGGAUUAAUUUAAUGGUUGAAUGGCAAAUUAUCAUCAUUGUGUGGAAUAAAUAAUUCAGAUAUAUAGUCAACAAACAAUCAAUCAAUCAAAAAAAUGGCACAAAUUUAUCGAUCAAGAUUAAUAAUAACAAUAUUUUUUAUAAUAACAACAACAUUAAUAUCGACAAAUUGGUCGUUACCAAUCACAUCAUCAUCAAAUUCAUCAUCAUCAUCAUCAUUAUUAUUACAUGAAAAAUCAUCUAGUUCACCAUUUUGUCAAUCACAUUCAAAUAUUAUUCAAGUUUAUAAUAUCGGCCAGGAUAUUUAUCUAUCAUUAAGUUCACGUAUAAUUUAUCGUUUUAAUGUUGAACAAAAAAAAUUUUAUCAACAUAUAUAUAAUAUUAAUGAAUUAUUUGGUAAAAAUAAUUUCCGUUGGGUUGAUACUGUUAUCAAUUUGAAUGGUAUUUGUAAAAUUCCUGGUAUAUGUGAUGCUGGUGAUCAACAUGAUGAUUUGGAACGUAUACAUAUUGUUAUCGGUAGCCGGGUAAUCGAUAAAGAUCGUACAUAUGGUAUUGCAUUAUAUAAACUUAAUGAUGAUAACGGUGAUGGACGAUUACAAUUAUUGGAUGAAAAAUCAUUAAAUCAAAAAUUAUUAGAUCAACUGAAUCGUACUGGUUUAGAUAUAAAUAUGUUGGAAAAACAAGGUUCAAUUAUGUUUGGUUCAUUUUGGCCAUCACAAAAUGGUAUACAAUCAGCAAAUCUUUAUUAUCGAUCCGGUAUAUUUGUACCGAAUCGUUUGGAUUUAUUUUUUUCUGUUUAUGAUAUGAAAACUGAUUCAUCACAACGUAUUAUAAGACGAAAAUUAACACCUAAUAACAUUAUUGAUCGAACAAAACAACAAUGGGAAAAUUUAAAUGAUCAAAUGAUUGAUGAUGAAAAAUUUGUAGCAGGAAUGUUUCAUUUUCAACCAAAACAACGUACAUUUGGUUUGACUGAUAAUAUGAAAGUAUUUGAAUUUAUUUGGACAAAUUUUCAACAGAAUCCUGAUGGUGAUGUUAAAUUUUUACCUAAAGGUUCAUUACGUGAAUUAUUAAACUGUUAUGAUAAUUCAACUGAUUUGGCAAAUGAUGCGCCAACAUUAAUAAUGACUAGUCCAACAACAACAACAACUACGACGACGACAACAACAACAACAACAACAACAAUAAAACCUGAAUCAACAACAACAACAAAAUUACCAUCACUACCAAAAGUGAAUAAUAUUGAUGAACCAAAAACGAUUGAUAAUUUGGUUAAUGAUAAAUCGAAAAUGGAUAAUUUCAGCGAUGAUUUAGAUGCGGAUAAUGAUGAUGAUGAUGAUGAACAAGAAGAAAAAGAUGAAAUACCAUUACCUGAAAAUGAACCACCAAGUUUAAAUGAUUUAGAUCAUCAUCAACGUGAUGAUCCAAAUAAUUUAAAUAUUUUUACAAAUCAACAACAACAACAACAACAUGUUAAUAAACAACAUUCAUUAUCAUCAUCAUCAUCAUCGAUUUCACCUGAUUUAGGUGAAGCAUCAGCACUUGGUCCAUUAAAUUCAAAUGAUAAUGGUUUAAUAUGGACAUUUGCAAUUUUAACAACAAUGUUGAUCAUUUUAGUCAUCAUUAUUAUUGUGCCCAUAUUGAUUAUAAGACAUCGAUCUCGUACAAAUCAAAUGUAUUUGAAUAAGAAAAAAUCCAACAUGCAAACAAAAAAACAGAAAAAUGCAAAUGGCCUUGAUCAAUCUAAUUGUUCAGAAUCGGUACAAUUGAUGGAUAAAUCGAUUAUUGAUAAAUAAUUUUUAUAUAAAAAACCUACACAUACAUAACAUAUAAAAGCAUCUAUCUCUCUCAUUCAUUAUCUUUCUAUAUAUUCAUGGUCUAUUUUCAUCCUAAAUAU